CAGUACGCCGCCAUCCGGCGCUUUCAGGAUGUGAUGCGGCGCUUUAUGGAGAUUUUUUGCCGGAAAGCAGUAGUAUCCGCAAGAACUUCCCCGACGAUGAUAUUGAGGGCGAGAUGAUGGUUGCAGGGUGGAUAGCGGGCGAGAUACUUUCACAGACCCUAAGUAGUCGUGAAUGGGCAAAGAACCGUAACGCGUACUUGGCGUCUCUGUACAACCAACGCCGUUAUAUGGUCGACAACCUUGUGAUUGGCGACUACGGAGGCAGUUGCCAAGGGGUGGCUGAAUCAGAGGGCGCCAUGUGUUACUGCAACCAAGGUGGCCGGACCGUGUACAUGAAAAAGUUUGUGGAGGGCUACCGUGCCGACCCGCUGGUUGACGGAACAAUCUCAUUCUGGACAUGGCAGUGCAACCCCUCGGAAGCAGUGAUUGUUCCUCCUUUGAAUGGGUUUGCCAUUGCAAUGCGGGAUAAUCCCCUUGCCAUUUUUGCACUUCGAGCUUUUGGGGUGGGUGCGAGAGCUGCGGUGAAUAACAACAGUCUUAUUAGGCGUUUUGCGUUCACAGUGCAAGUCGUGAAUUCUACUGUGGACGGGGCUGCCGCUGCGCUUGUGUCAGAACUGAAGGUGAAAUUGCUUGAUGUUGUUACUGGCGUGGUGACGAAGGGGAUGCUGGAGGUGGAGGAUGUGGCGUUUAUCAACCCUAUGUACCUUCAGUCGCGCAUUGGUAGGUUCAGGAAAAACGUGAUCCGCCUGUUGCCGACACUGGAGCAGCAGUUCUUUGUGAUUGCGGAGUACCUCGGGAACAUGAGUGACGGUUCGGCGCACGCUGUGAUUCGCAGCGACGAUGGAGCCACGAUGGCGGAGGUGCUGCGGCUGUCGCUGAAGACGUUUGGCGGUUCGCUGCUGUCUACUAAGCUGCUGGCUGGCGGCGACAAGAUGGCGGACCACCUGCCGGAGGAAGGCGACGUGCUUGUGGUGGGCAUUUCUGCCGACGAUGUUGGUGCGAUCGCGCAGCACGUGGUGUCACACGACGGUGUGCGCGUGUUUGUCAUUUUUUUAGAGUUUUCGAUGCUGUACCCCGAAUUUGUUGCUGCGUUCCGUGACGGUGCGGGUGCCGACCGUGUUGUGUUUGCGACGAACCUGCCGCACUGGAACGACGACAAAACGACGUCGGUGACCGCCCAGAAGUUUAACGCUGCAGUGCCGGACGUCAAUCAACGGACGCCGCUGGCAAUGAUGGGCUUCACCACCGGGCUGCUGGUGGUGACCGUCCGCUCGCGCAUGGAGAAGGUGAGUGUUGAGCUGUUUGAAAACUUCUUUUUUUCCAACGUUGCCGUCAGAGUGGAUGACAUGCUGUACGGACCCUUCAUUGAUGGCAAUGCAUGCCCUGUUACUCAGAGCGGUGCUGGGUGCGGCAGGAACUACGGUGCGACGCAAAUUUCUGUGUGGUCGCUUGCCCGUGCGCUGGACCCCGCUGUGCCGGUGCUGUCCCCUGCCGUGACGCCGUCGAUGGAGUACCGGAUGCCCGUUGCGAGUGGACUGACGGCGCGGCAGCUGAUCGGCGUCAUCGUCGGCAGCGUUGUUGCUGCCCUGCUGCUUAUUGCCUUGAUUCUGUUGCUGCUGCACUUCUGCCGCGACUCGCGUGACAACGAGAAUGCACCGAAGGAGCGGACAGACCCCGUGACGCUUGUGUUUACUGACAUCGAGAGCAGCACUGCGCUGUGGGCUGCGUGCCCCGAGGCGAUGCCCGACGCCGUGGCAACGCACCACCGCUUGAUCCGCUCACUGAUAGCGAAGUACCACUGCUACGAGGUAAAGACGAUCGGCGACUCGUUCAUGAUUGCGUGCAAGAGUGUGUUCGCCGCCGUGCAGCUUGUGCGGGAGCUGCAGCAGGCGUUUCUGCAGCAGGACUGGGGGACGAGCGUGAUCGACGACGCAUACCACAAGUUCGAGGAGGACCGUGCCGAGGAUGACGAGGAGUACGUUCCGCCGACCGCGCGCCUUGACGCUGCUGUGUAUCGGGAGUACUGGAACGGCCUGCGCGUGCGAGUCGGUGUGCACACCGGGCUGUGUGACAUCCGGCGCGACGAGGUGACGAAGGGGUACGACUACUACGGCGGGACGUCGAACAUGGCCGCGCGCACGGAGAGCGUUGGGAACGGCGGGCAGGUGCUGCUGACGCGUGCGGCGUACAUGUCGCUGAGCACGGCUGAGCGUGAGCAGGUGGAGGUGACUGCACUUGGCGGCGUGGCACUGCGUGGUGUGCCGGUUCCGGUGGAGAUGUACCAGCUGGACGCCGUGCCCGGGCGCACCUUCGCCGCGCUGCGUCUUGAUCGUGAGAUGCCUGAUCUUGACGAUGGCAGUGAUUUCGAAAGUAGUGAAGAUGUUUCUAUGUACAGCGCACGGACCGGCACCGCUCAAGCCGUCGUGUCCGUUUUGACGGUGACAUACGGAACCUUGGCACCCCGGCAGCGGCUGAAGGCGCUGAUGCCUCUUUGCGAGCGUUGGAACGUUCGGUUGCCGCGGAGGCCGAGCUUUUUGCAGGAUGAGGAGUACUGCCGUCUGGUGAUUGAUCGACUGGCCGUAAAAAUGAGCAGCGUGAUGGAACGGAAGGGCCAGUUGGGUAUUGACCAAAAUAUGUCGUUCACGCUGAGUGCAACCGCUCCUGCUGCGCAUGAUACCGCCUCUGGUACGUGGGGGAGGAGGGGUGGGGAGCAGGUCCAUGCUAGGCGCUUCGGGGAGGCGGCGUCGCAAAGUAAUUCUGUCGAGGUGCAUGCUUUUACGGCCGACGAGCCGCGUUUUUCGACGGAUGAUUCGAUUGUUACUGUCCGUGCUCGUCGCUUCAGGUAA